CGCCGCCGCUGCUGCUGCUGCUCCUGCAGGUGGCGGGGCCGGCGGGCGCCCUGGCUGAGACCCUGCUGGACGCGCCGCGAGCCAUGGGCACCAGCUCCAGCCCGCCCAGCCCCGCUAGCGUGGUCGCUCCCGGCACGACGCCGCUCGAGGAGAGUCGAUUGCCAGUGUUCACCCUGGAUUACCCCCACGUGCAGAUCCCCUUCGAGAUCACCCUGUGGAUCCUGUUGGCCUCUCUGGCCAAGAUUGGCUUCCAUCUCUAUCACAAAUUGCCCACCAUCGUGCCUGAGAGCUGCCUUCUUAUAAUGGUUGGACUUCUGCUGGGCGGGAUUAUUUUCGGAGUUGAUGAAAAGUCCCCGCCUGCAAUGAAGACGGAUGUGUUCUUCUUAUAUCUCCUCCCGCCAAUCGUGCUGGAUGCAGGCUACUUCAUGCCCACUCGCCCGUUCUUUGAGAACUUCGGCACCAUUUUCUGGUAUGCUGUGGUAGGGACACUGUGGAAUUCCAUUGGCAUUGGGGUGUCUUUGUUUGGGAUCUGCCAGAUUGAAGCCUUUGGCCUGAGCGACAUCACUUUGCUCCAGAAUCUGCUCUUCGGCAGCCUAAUCUCCGCUGUGGAUCCCGUGGCUGUGCUGGCCGUCUUCGAGAACAUUCACGUCAACGAGCAGCUAUACAUACUGGUCUUUGGAGAGUCCUUGCUGAAUGAUGCAGUGACAGUGGUCCUGUACAACUUGUUCAAGUCUUUUUGCCAGAUGAAAACCAUCGAGACCAUUGACGUAUUUGCUGGAAUUGCCAACUUCUUUGUUGUGGGAAUUGGUGGGGUGUUGAUUGGCAUCUUCCUGGGAUUUAUAGCGGCGUUUACUACUCGUUUCACACAUAACAUCCGAGUGAUCGAGCCACUGUUUGUCUUCCUGUACAGUUAUUUGUCCUAUAUAACAGCCGAAAUGUUUCACCUCUCAGGUAUCAUGGCAAUCACUGCGUGUGCAAUGACUAUGAAUAAGUAUGUGGAAGAAAAUGUAUCUCAAAAAUCCUACACGACCAUCAAGUAUUUCAUGAAGAUGCUGAGCAGUGUCAGCGAGACCCUGAUCUUCAUCUUCAUGGGCGUGUCCACCGUUGGGAAGAACCACGAGUGGAACUGGGCCUUCGUCUGCUUCACAUUGGCCUUCUGUCUGAUCUGGCGAGCACUGGGUGUCUUUGUCCUGACUCAGGUCAUUAACUGGUUCCGGACGAUUCCCUUGACCUUCAAGGAUCAGUUCAUCAUUGCCUAUGGAGGGCUCCGGGGUGCCAUCUGCUUUGCGCUGGUGUUUCUCCUUCCUGCUGCUGUGUUUCCUCGUAAAAAGCUGUUCAUUACCGCUGCAAUUGUAGUCAUCUUCUUUACUGUCUUCAUCCUGGGGAUAACUAUCCGACCACUGGUGGAGUUUCUUGACGUUAAGAGGUCCAGCAGGAAACAGCAAGUUGUCAGUGAAGAAAUCCAUUGUCGGUUUUUUGAUCAUGUGAAGACUGGGAUUGAAGAUGUUUGUGGACAUUGGGGUCACAACUUUUGGAGAGACAAGUUUAAGAAGUUUGAUGACAAAUACCUGCGGAAGCUUUUGAUUCGGGAAAACCAACCCAAGUCAAGCAUUGUGUCCUUAUAUAAAAAGCUUGAAAUAAAACAUGCCAUUGAGAUGGCAGAGACUGGGAUGAUAAGUACUGUUCCUUCUUUCGCAUCUCUAAAUGACUGUCGUGAAGAAACAAUAAGGAAGCUCACACCUGGUGAAAUGGAUGAAAUUCGAGAAAUAUUAUCAAGAAAUCUUUAUCAAAUCCGUCAACGAACUCUGUCAUACAACAGACACAAUCUGACGGCAGACACGAGUGAGAGACAAGCCAAGGAGAUUCUGAUCCGCCGAAGGCACAGUUUGCGAGAGAGCAUCAGGAAAGACAGCAGCUUGAAACGGGAGCACAGGGCUUCCACUUCGACCUCCCGAUAUUUAUCCUUACCAAAAAAUACAAAGCUUCCAGAAAAACUACAAAAGAAAAAGAAUAUUUCUAAUGCAGGUGGCGACAGCAGCGACUCCGACACAGACGCGGGGACCACCGUCCUCAAUCUGCAGCCCCGAGCGAGGCGCUUCUUGCCAGAACAGUUCUCCAAGAAAGCCCCGCCGUCCUACAAAAUGGAGUGGAAGAACGAGGUGGACGAGGACGCCGGCCGGGGGCAGCCCUGCGCGCCCCUGGCGCCCCGCCGCCAAGACGGGGGCACCCAGACCCCCGCCGUGCUGCGCCAGCCGCUGCUCUCCAAGGGCGAGGGUGGCCCGGGGGCGCAGGACACAGCGACUGCGGGCGUCCGUCCCAAGCCGCCACCCAGGCUGGUCCGCAGGGCGUCGGAACCGGGAAACCGGAAAGCCCGGUUCGGGGGCGACAAGCCUUGAUGGAAACGGCCCAAGCAGACGCGCACGGGGACCGACCCCGCGCGGC